AUGUCGAGCAUGAUAUGGCAAAUUGUGCUUCUAGCACUUGGGUUAACUUCGGUUCUUGCGCAGGACAGGACGGUGACUGUGACAAAGACUAUCACGGCUUGCGGCUCGGCAUGCUACUCUACCCUUCCUGAACGCACGUCGACCGUAUACAUUUGCACCACUUCGACUACACGGACCGGAAGCAUCAUCAGCCCUUCGUCUCCUGGGCCUGGUUCUACUCCCAUGCCCUCAGAAACUAUAUGGACCGAGACCAUGCCUUCAUUUACGCCCGGGCCGCCAGCGUCAUCACCCUCGACUCUGUCCCAAUCUCGCACCAACGGGGUCUACGGGAGAUACGAGUUUCACUGCACCAACAGCCCCUACGACGGGUCUAAGUUUCACUUCACCCAGUGGUUCUACAGUAGAUCUGAGGUCAAGCACAUCCACAGCGUCCACGACGGGAUUGGUGUCCACUACUCCCAGUGCUUCGACAGUAGACUCUACUUCAAGUGCACCAACCGCGCCGACGACGGGUCUGACGUUCAUUACACCAGGCACUUCUAUAACAGGCCUGACUUCGAGCACAGCAACAGCGCCUACAACAGGGCUGACCUUCACUACACCCGGCAUUUCUUCAAUAGAUUCGGCGUCGAGUACACCAACCGCGCCGACAACAGGCCUAAGUUUCACUAG